CCCUCCCUCCACCUUCUCCCACCAUGAGCCAGGGAAGUGCUGGGGGCUGGGCCCCCCUGGAUCCCACCCCCGGGCCCCCAGCACCCCCCAACCCCUUCGUGCACGAGCUGUACCUCUCCCGCCUGCAGAGGGUUAAGUUCUGCCUGCUGGGGGCACUGCUGGCCCCCAUCCGAGUGCUUCUAGCCUUUAUCGUCCUCUUUCUCCUCUGGCCCUUUGCUUGGCUACAAGUAGCAGGUCUCACAGAGGAGCAGCUUCAGGAGCCGAUUACAGGAUGGAGGAAGACUGUGUGCCACAAUGCAGUGCUGGGCCUGAGCCGCCUGCUCUUUUUCCUGCUUGGCUUCCUCCGGAUUCGAGUUCGGGGCCAAAGGGCCUCUCGCCUUCAAGCCCCCGUUCUUGUUGCGGCCCCCCAUUCCACUUUCUUUGACCCCAUUGUUCUGUUGCCCUGUGACCUGCCCAAGGUUGUGUCCCGAGCUGAAAACCUUUCGGUGCCUGUCAUUGGAGCCCUUCUUAGAUUCAAUCAAGCCAUCCUAGUGUCCCGACAUGACCCAGCUUCCAGACGCCGAGUGGUGGAAGAGGUACGAAGGCGGGCUACCUCAAGAGGCAAGUGGCCCCAGGUACUGUUUUUUCCUGAAGGCACCUGUUCCAACAAGAAGGCUUUACUUAAGUUCAAACCAGGAGCCUUUAUCGCAGGGGUGCCUGUGCAGCCAGUCCUCAUCCGAUACCCCAACAGUCUGGACACCACCAGCUGGGCAUGGAGGGGCCCUGGCGUACUCAAAGUUCUCUGGCUCACAGCCUCUCAGCCCUGCAGCAUCGUGGAAGUGGAGUUUCUCCCAGUGUAUCAGCCCAGCCCUGAAGAGAGCAAGGACCCCACCCUCUAUGCCAACAAUGUCCAGAGGGUCAUGGCACAGGCCCUGGGCAUUCCAGCCACUGAAUGUGAGUUUGUAGGGAGCUUGCCUGUGAUUGUGGUAGGCCAGCUGAAGGUGGCAUUGGAGCCACAGCUCUGGGAACUGGGAAAGGUGCUUCGGAAGGCUGGGCUGUCCCCUGGCUGUGUGGACACUGGAGCAGAGCCAGGCCGGAGUCGAAUGAUCAGCCAGGAAGAGUUUGCCAGGCAGCUACAGCUCACAGAUCCUCAGACAGUUGCUGGUGCCUUCAGCUACUUCCAGCAGGAUGCCAUGGGUUUGGUAGACUUCCGAAACGUGGCACUUGCACUAGCAGCUCUGGAUGGAGGCAGGAGCCUAGAGGAGCUGAUUCACCUGGCCUUUGAGCUCUUUGCCGAAGAGCAGGCAGAGGGACCUGGCCGCCUGCUGUACAAAGAUGGCUUCAGCACCAUCCUUCACCUGUUGCUGGGUUCACCCCGCCCUGCUGCCACAACUUUGCAUGCUGUGCUGUGCCAGCCUGGAUGCAGCCCAGGCCUCUCCCUCUGUCAAUUCCAGAACUUCUCCCUCCAUGACCCACUCUAUGGAAAGCUCUUCAGCACCUACCUGCGCCCCCCCCACAUGCCUCGAAGCACUUCCCAGAUACAAAAUGCCUCAUCCCCAGGCAGCCCCACUGCCCUGGCCAAUGGGACUGUGCAAGCUCCCAAGCAGAAGGGCGAUUGAGCACCUCCGCCUUUCACCCUUUCUUCCUCAGCUCAAAUCCAGCCCUGCUCUCAGGACAGCACCAGGGGCCUACCCUAUGCCUCAACCCCAUUUCUGCCCCUAUUUUUUUUUU